GCUGCACAGUGUCAGCUGGAUGUGUGUAACAGCUGGCUGCCCGACGAACAAGGACAUGCGCAAACAGCAAUGUUUGGUGGUGUCUGGAUCCCGAGAAUGGACCAAAAACCCAGACAGCGUGAGCAAGGUGGACCCAACGCUCCAACAUGGACCAUCCGAACAGUAGAAGCGCUAUCAACGAUCCCAACCAGUGCCGGCUGUGUAUGCGGGUGUGUGACGAUAACUUCCUCGAGUGUAUCUUCUCCGACAAGGAGUACAGCAUAGCGCAUCAAAUCUUUGAAUGUACCUCGAUUCGGGUGACGAAGCAGGAUAAUCUGACGAAGAUAUGCAAAAACUGUGCCUCGCUGCUGUUCCUGACGACCGAGUUUCGCAACACGUGCUUCAAGACGAACCGGUUGCUGAUGGAGGACUUUGUCAUACUGGAGCUGGGGGAUUGGGCGUCCGACGGCAACCGGGUGCUGCUGCGCGAAUGCGAGAACUUUAUCGUGCGGCACAAGCAGCAGGUAGACUACCUGUACGCCAGCAUCGUGUCGGAGGGCGAGCAGUAUCUGGAAGGUUCGUUGGAGAUCGAGCGAGAGCUGUUUGGCGGCGAGGAGCAGCAACAAGAGCAUCUGGAGGAACAACAGCAGGAGCAGCAGCAGGACGAGGUGGAUAAAACUAGUGGAAGUGAGACUCGAAGAUCCGGGCCCCAGUCUGGGCGGUUAGAACAGUGCGAACCGGAUCCGGAGAUACUGCUGGAGAUUACAAAAUUUCUUGAAGAGCAAACACCCCGCCUACCGGACAACGGGUGCCUCGAUGCAACGGAGCACGUGGUAGAGCAGAGGCGUCGCUGUGGGCUUUGCUGUGUUCUAAGUGAUGUCAUGGUGGAGUUGACCAGUGACCAACUAAAAGCGCUUGGAGCAUUCAAUGUCGAAAAGACCCCACAAGUGUGUGAGGAGUGCUGCAUCCUGCUGGACAUUGUAGACAGCUUUCGGAAAACCACCACCAUCGCCCAGGAGCUCUCCGGUCAGGAGCUGCGGGCCCUGGAUGUGCUCCAGCUCGACAGUGCGCUGGAGCAGGCGAAAUGCUUGGCCAGCAAGCUAAGGCACAAGCAUGACACCUUCGCCGGAUUGCAGUGCAGUGGCGGCAGCAUGGACGCGUCCAGCACGACGUCCUCCCCGGCGGAGCGUCAAAGCGUGCCGAGAAAAGCUUACAAACGGGCGAAGGUAACCUGCCACAUCUGUGGCAAGCAGUACGACAGCUGGAAGCUGCAAACGCACCUGAACGAGCAUGAGAACAUUCGGCCGUACGUGUGCGAUCAGGAAGGUUGCAGCAGUACCUUCGCCGGUUUGGUGUUGCUAAAUCGGCACAAGAAGCUGUGGCAUACCGAUUACUUCUACGCGGUGUGCAACGUGUGCGGGAAGAAGUGCAAAACGCAAGGCAUCUACAAAACGCACCUCUCGUACCACGAAGAGCCAAAGCUACCGUGCACGGUUUGCGGGAAGCUGAUGCGCAACAAGCGCGCCAUCUGGAAGCACAUGAAGACGCACAGCAACGACCGGAAGCACGUGUGCGGCGUGUGCAACAAGCGGUUCACGAUCGCGUACACGCUCCGGGUUCACAUGCGCAUCCACACGAACGACAAGCCGUACCCGUGCGCCGACUGCGACAAGCGCUUCCAGUACAAGUGUCUGCUGAAGAACCACUGCCGGCGGUACCACGGCGGUGGGAACGAGCCGGCGCCCCCGUGCAAAGAGCGACAGCGGUAGGGCGGGGCGCGCA